AUGGUACAAAAUAGUCCCACCCCAUUUGAUGUGGGCCGUGCAUUUGUUCAUCAGUAUUAUACACUACUACAUCAAGCGCCUCAUAUGCUUCAUCGAUUCUAUUCUACGGACAGCACAUUCAUACACGGUGGUGUUGAUCGACCAGGUUGUGUUGAACAACCAGCAGUUGGUCCCGAAAAUAUUUCUCAACGUAUCAAUGAUUUGAAUUUACGGGAGUGCCAUGCGAAAAUUCGCCAGGUCGAUUCGCACCCAACUAUUGGUGAUGGGGUUGUCGUCCAGGUUACUGGUGAAUUGUCGAAUAAUGGUGAUCCAAUGCGUCGUUUCAUGCAAACAUUCGUAUUGGCUCCCCGACAACCAAAAAAAUACUACGUACAGAAUGAUAUCUUUCGUUACCAGGAUGAAGUAUUCGACGAUGGAUCGGAUGAAGUCGACGAAGAUGAUCGAUCAGGCUCACAUAUAUACGGUGAUGCAAUUUCAAAUGCGGACAAAACUUCGAAUGCUGAUUCUUCGGUGGCACCUGUUCAGCAACCUUUACUUGUAACAGCCAAUGCACGACCACCAGUGGAAGAUCAUCAACCACUACCACCUCGUGGAGCUAGUUCAACACAUGGAACUAAUCAACAACAACAGAACAUUCCAAAUCAAGCUAGUGUUCGUCAACAAGAACAUCAGCAUGUUGGUUCAACAAACUUGAAUGGCUUCUCGAAUGCAGGUGAAACAAACAGUUAUGGUGGACUUGGCCAUACGCAUACUCAACCGCAACAGCAAGAAGCUACAGAGCCUAGCCCACAGUCAUUAAACAAUCAAGUUACUCAGGAAACUCAAGAACCAACCAAUGGAACAAACGGUUCAAACCAACAGCAGGUCAAGCAAACGCAACCAACUUCAACAACCGAAGGGAAAAAAGUUGAAGGAAAAUCCUAUGCUGGCAUUGCUAAAUUACAUCAACCAGCUGGUGCUCCUACAACUGUUAACGCAUCAGUAACACCAACCGUACGCAGUGUUGCGAAUCCGCCUAGUGCACCGUUAAGUAAUUCGCAACAGCCAAAUACAAUCCGUCCGCAAACGAAAGCACAACCAAUCACAAACAAUCGACCAACUGGUAGCGCUCAACUGGGUCAACGACAAUACCCACAACAACGAGGUAAUACUAAUUACUAUGAACAAACUAAUCGUGGUACAAAUGUCGCUACAGCGCCCAAUGAACAGCAGGUCUUCGUUGGCUCAUUGCCAUUGGAUUUCACGGAAAAAACCUUGAUUGAAUGCUUCUCAGAAUAUGGUAAUGUUAUUGAUGCCAAAAUCUACACGCCACUUCAUGACAACAAGAAGAAUUUUGGAUUUGUCGUUUUUGAUAACCCGGAAAGUGCAGCAGCACUUGUUACCAAGGAACAUAUCAUGUACAAUGGUACAAUACGCUUGAAUGUUGAACCGAAAACACAGCGAAAUUAUCCGUCAAAUAAUAACAAUACAGGCAGUAAUAUAAACAAUGCUGCUCAAGGUGGUAACCGUAAUAGUAACUACUCAGGAAGAGGUGGUGCUCGAGGAGGUAAUCGAACAUCUUAUCGUGGAGGUAGCAAUAGUUCACGACGUGGUGGUAGUGGUGGUCAAUUCAAUAAUAAUCCGUCAUCGUUCACCACAAGUGAUGAGAAUAACAAUGACUACCGAAUUAGCAAACCGCAACCACAACAACAACCGAUAUAA